AUGCGCACUCACACAGGCGAGUGCCCCUUCAAGUGCCCCUACGAGGCCAACGGGCCGCGCCUAUACGCCGAACCCUUGCCCGGCGCAGCUCUCAAACCCGCCCCCAAAUGCAGCGGCGCAUUCGGCACCAAAACCGGCCUCGACACCCAUAUCCGCGCCAUCCAUACGCGGGAGAAGAAAUUCGUCUGCGAUUUCGACGGCUGCGAUUUCGCGUGCGCCGACUCCUCGAACCUGUCCAAGCACCGCCGGAAGCACCUCGGCGGCAACCCCAAGGUCUUCCGAUGUUUGCAUCCGGGCUGUGGACACGCGCCUAAGGGCUCCUGGGACGAGAUUCGCCGCCAUUUUGUAGCGAAGGGGCAUUGUCCUGAGCUGCUGGAUGAUCAGGGGGACGCGCAGGCGGAGUAUAAGAGGAAGGCGAGAGAGGCGAAGAAGAUGGCGCCGGAGACGAGGGCGAGGGAGGCGAAGAUGCGGCAGGUGAAGAUGCUGAAGAGGGGGAAGGCUGCGGCUGCGAAUUCGGGUACUGGGUAUCCGGGAAGCACUCAUCCGGCGCCUACCGCCCCGGAUAUGAUGAUGAUGGAGACGACGAUUGCUGCUACGACUACUUACGAUUAUGCCCUGCCAUCGGCGGAGAGCGGGCCUCUCGAUAUGAUGAUGUUUUGA